GAGGACUUGAUGUGGGGUGGAAGGGGAUUCCAUAGGUUUGGGCCAGCAACAGGGAAUGCCCGGUCACCUUUCGUUUUAAGGCGUGUACGGGGGACAGAUAGGAGCUGUUCUGUGGAUGACCGGGUAACUAGUAACUUAUUCUACCACUUACGGCUCUAAAAGGUGUGCAUUAGUGUGUGCCAGCAUGUGUGUGUGGAAUAAUUAAUUACCCUUUGGUAAUUUGUGUGAGUUGUAACCGUGGUUACAAGCGACUUGGGACCAAAGUCCAACAAGACAAGACUUACUUGCCAGGAAGUGCUUUUUUGGCAGUCACACACUCGGGGACACUCAAACGCUCAGGGAUGGAGCAUGCUGUUCUUCUGCUAUUCCUGACUCUGGCUGGUGUGGCACCUGCCUCUGCUGCUCAACCGGCCGAAUGGAUGCUGGCCGUGCAGAAGCGCCCCUGGCUCCUGGGGGUCUAUGUCUUUGUCGUCGGCCUGCCCGCCAUCCUCUUCAUCAGCUUCAUGUGGCCUGACGUGAGGUUUGGACCACCAAAUCAAGACUACUACUAUAAGAAGUCAGACGACGUGCAACCAGACGACCCUGAGGCGUCAGAGGUCAAACCAACGCUGGAGACGGACGAGAGGGUCGACAGAGCUCUGACUAAGAGGAAGUAGACCAGCAGCCAAAACCCCUCAGGAAUCUCAAGGGGCCGGGAAGAAGAGAAAUAUGAAGCAGAUGAAAGCGAUGAUGAUGCUCUCGGAGUGUCAGUUCUCUCUGUACUGACAAUGUGAACCUGUUAGUAUUCACCAGUAUCACUGUCAAUAUAAAGAUGUUACACACGUCCUUUUGUCUAAGUCAUAUUCUUUCAAGGAGGUAACAUACGCUAUCUCCAAUUAUGAUCAAUUUACAAAUCGCUCC